UUCUAUGCUUUUAUUUGGCUUUUAAUUGCCAUCUCCAUGAUAUUAAAUGUUAUUUCUGCUACCUCAAACACCAAUUCUAUCGCUCUGAUCAAAAGUGCCCCUAAACAUUCUUGGAAUGAAAUUGUUCAAUUCAAUAGAGACUAUCUUACGUUUAGAUACGGAUUUUUAACCCGUGGCUCUGAUCAAUAUGCUCUUAAUAAACUCGCAUCUGCUGAAAAAAGAUCUAAAAGCGUUAAUUUUACAAGAUCUGAUACAUUUGGAUACUAUGGACAGGUCGCUAUAGGUGGUCAAAAAUUUGACGUUAUGAUCGACAUAGUAGGUUCUGAUCUUUUGGUUCCUUCAGUGGAUUGUUGGUCUACAGAAGUCGAUGGUAUUCUUGGAGAAGAUAAUCUUUUAGUAGGCGGGAUAAAAUCUGACCAAAUAUUCG